GCCAGACCCAUUCUCUGAUUGCUCCAAACUGUAGCUGUCUUAUUAAGACAUUCUGGAAGGAACUGAGGAAUUUCUACAUACAUUUUGGAAACAGUGACUUCUAGGAGUUCCCAGAGAUCCUCUCACAUGCAUAUGAAGGACCAUAUGAACUUGUAUUUUUGCGACAGCUUCCUCAUCAAGGUGCCUGGCAACCACCCUGCUGCAGGUCUCAGGCAAAAUGAGUGAAACUCCUUCCACGAGUUUUUCCAUGAUUUAUCCGACUUCUUCUGAAGGUCAACUUCCUUCUUCUCGCCAUUUGAGCAUCACUCAUCCUGUUGUAGCCAAAAGGAUCAGCUUUUACAAGAGCGGAGACCCACAAUUUGGUGGAGUCAGGGUGGUGGUCAACCCUCGUUCCUUUAAGACAUUUGAUGCUUUGCUGGAUAAUUUGUCAAGAAAGGUGCCACUACCUUUCGGGGUGAGGAACAUCAGCACCCCUCGAGGAAGGCACAGCAUCACUAGCCUGGAGGACCUGGAGGAUGGUGAGUCUUACCUUUGCUCUCAUGGCAGGAAGGUACAGCCGGUGGACUUGGACAAAGCCCGCCGGCGCCGGCGGCCCUGGCACAGCAGCCUGGCCAUCACUGCGCACGCGCACCACUCCCCCGCCCCCGCCGCCGCUCCCGGAAUGCUGCGCGCCCCACGGAGGCUCGUGGUCUUCCGGAAUGGGGACCCGAAGACUCGGCGUGUGGUCGUUCUCACCAAGAGGGUCACCCAGAGCUUCGAGGCCUUUCUCCGGCACCUCACAGAGGUCAUGCAGCGCCCGGUUACCAGGCUGUACGCCACGGAUGGAAGGAAGGUUCCUAGUCUCCAGGCCGUGAUCCUGAGUUCUGGAGCUGUGGUGGCAGCGGGAAGGGAGCCAUUUAAACCAGGAAAUUAUGACAUCCAGAAGUACUUGCUUCCUGCUAGAUUACCAGGGAUCUCUCAUCGUGUGCACCCCAAGGGAAAUGCUAGGUCAGAAAGCAGAAAGAGUGGUAACUGGAAAGUUUCCAUAAUCACCAGUGACUUGCCAAAUGCAGGGACCAGCUCACAGAUUUAUAUUAUACUAUAUGGACAACAUAGAAGUUCAGCCCCCAUAUAUCUUUAUGGAACAGAUGGAGCUCGAUUUCAGGAUGGCUGUGAAGACAUCUUUACUAUCACAGUUGGAGACAUUGGAACACUCUUUAAGAUUCGUAUUGGUCAUACCAACUCUGGACUCUCCCCUUCCUGGCACUGUAAAGAGAUACAAUUGUGGAACAUGAAUUCUAGGAAACAGUUUUACAUACCUGUUCAACGAUGGUUGGCACGAGAUCAAGAGGAUGGGGAAAUCUGUCGAGAAUUUCCUGUUUUAAACAAAGGACAACCCAUCUUUCCAGUGACAAUAUAUGAAGUACACGUGGCAACGGGUGAGCUUUGGAAUGCUGGAACAGUAGCAAAUGUCUACAUGUCUAUCUAUGGGGAAAAGGGAGAUACAGGAUCCAGACAACUAUUUAGAUCGAAGACCUCCUUCAGUUUUUUAAGAGGACAAACUGACACCUUCUCCUUGGAAGCUGUGCACCUUGGGGAUUUGUACAAGAUUGUCAUAGGCCAUGAUGGGCUUGGCCCUGGAAAUGGAUGGUUUCUUGAAGAUGUUGUAGUCAAGGAUCCCACAACAAACCGUGAAUACGCCUUCUUUUGUCACAGAUGGCUGGAUCAAGGGGAAGAUGACGGUAAAAUUGUCAGAGAACUGUAUGCCAGGGACUACAAUAUCAUCUCUGCAAGGCAGAAGCUAGAAUUUAAUAGAAAAGAAACAUGGGCUGCAGAAAGCUGGAAGUUUAUGAAAGGAAACACUCUUCAAUUCUACAACAGGCUUACUGGAGGAUUUGUCCGUCUGCAUCCAAAUGGCACAGUUGACGCAGUUGGAAAGAAGACAGACAAAUAUGGUCUCUUUGAUGUUAUUUUCAACAAAGAAAAUAUAUGCAUUUUCCAAAGUCAUAAAAUUAGACAUCUUUCUCUUGCUCUUGACAAUGGCUCUGUUGCUGGAAUGGCUAGUGGUGGAGCCUCCACUAAGCUGCGGGUGCUUUAUCAGCCCAACCGCUGUGCACUUCUUGAGUCAGCACUGGUUCCUGGUCACACAGUUAUUUUUGAUCAUCAUGGCAAAAUAGCUAAUGAAUCAUCAGCAGGCUAUGCAAACCUUUCAAAAGAAUUUGUGGUUUUUGUCAAGGGUAUGUUCCUCAACAGUGCUGUGGUUCUACUUGCUACAAGUCUAUGCCAGGCCCUGUGUAUCCAGCCCGAUGGAAGCUGCACUGGAGUGGGGAACCAGUCUGAAAAAUCCUACUGGAAAGUACAUAAAAUCAGCUCUGGGAUUUGCAUGUUUGAAAGUGUGAAAAAUGCACAGAUGUAUCUGAGGAUUAAGGAUGGCCAGUGUGAUGGAACAGGUACAGGAGAUAUUGACUGUCAUUUUAAAAUUAAGAAGAACUUGGAAAAUGCAUCUAUAAGCCUGGAAUCUGUGAAGAACCCAGGAUUGUUUGUUGGACUUCAGUCAGAUGGACAGGCAAAACCAGUUAUUUAUACCAAGAAUGGAAGUGUUUUCUUCUAUCCACAAGUCAUCAAAUUUGGCAGAGAAGACCCAACGGGUAUAUCUGCAACACCCAGUAAAGAAGAGGAGAAGAUCCGUGGGUCAAAAAAACGGCAAGAAACACCCCCAGAAUCUGAGGCCAGAGGUCCCUUACUUUCUUCAACUGCAAAAGAGAUCAGUGAGACUCUUCUGUCAGAAGAUGAAUGGAAGGUGUUAGUGCUGACAGGAAAUACAGGGACUCAAGCCAAUGUCACACUAUGGGUAUAUGGAGAUGAAGGAGUCACUGGACCAAUAAGUCUUAGCAAGGACAGCUCAGAGCAGCUCUUCCUUCCAAGACAGGAGGAUGAGUUUCAGAUUGAAAUAAGGAACAUUGGAAUAAUAUAUAAGAUAAGGAUUGGACAUGAUGGAACUAGCGAGCAACCUGAGUGGAACUUACAGAGGGUCACCAUGCAACAUAUAAAGAGCAAGAAGACCCUAGAUUUUGCAGUAAAUGUGUGGUUAUCUCGAAUCCAAGGAGAUGGGGACCUUGUCUGUGAGCUUCCUGUAGUAGAAGGAGGACAAGCUAUUUUUCCAUUAGUGAGAUACCAUGUUGAUGUUCAUACUGGACAAUUGAAGCAAGCAGAAACGGAGUCUGAAGUUUCCCUAUGUCUCUUUGGGGAGAGGGGAGACUCUGGUCUUAGACUGCUGUACAAAUCUAACAUGCCAGUAAAAUUUCAAAGAGGACAGAUUGAUACAUUUCAAGUAGAAGCAGUGUCGCUUGGAAAACUGCAGAAGGUGCUGUUGCGCUGCGAGGCCAGUGACAAGUCACAGUACUGGUAUUGUGAAAAGGUUGUGGUCAGAGAAUCUGGUACUACAUCUGAGUCCACCUUCACCUGUGAAAGAUGGCUUCCCUUUAUGUCUCAGGGAAUAAUUCAUUCAGAAAUCGAACUUUUUCUUCAAGAAAUGCAAAUAAAUCAUCAACCUAAAAUACAAGAGGGAGCAAAUGAAGGAGAUUGGAAGGUGACUGUUAUCACUGGGGAUCUUGAAGAUGCCGGCACCACGGCAACAGUAUCCCUUUCUGUCUAUGGAGAAACAAGAUGUUCAGGUCCUAUUAUUUUGGGAUCUGGGAAACACCAACUGUUUAACUCCAACAGUGCAGAUAUAUUCAAGAUUAAUCUUAAAGAUAUUGGUGAAAUCUAUAAAAUACGUAUUGGACAUGACAACAGAGGAAAGGAUCCCAGGUGGUAUCUGGAAGAAAUUAGACUUGAAAAUAUAGCCACACGUGAGCUGUUUUGUCUAACUGUUGAUUCCUGGAUAGCUGAGAAUGAAAAUGGUGGAGAUACAUGGAAAGAAAUGCCUGUCGUGAGAACUAAUAAAGCACCUUUGCCAGUGGUGGCUUAUGAGAUCUACGUAUACACUGGCAGGAAGCCUGGUGCAGAGACAGAAUCUAACGUAUUUAUCAACCUCAUUGGCACCAGAGGAGAUUCGGGGAAUCGAAGACUUCAUCAAUCCAAAAAUAACAAAGUCAAGUUCCAGCGUGGACAGGUUGAUAUUUUUUCCAUCGAGGCGGUGUCUCUUGGAAAAUUGAAGAAAGUUCUGAUUAGUCACAAUGGGAUAGGUCCAGGUAAUGGAUGGUUUCUUGAGAGUAUUGUUGUUAAAUCCGAAGAGGAAGAUGGCAAUCAAGAGGUGCUGUUUCCGUGCAACAGCAGAUGGCUAGAUGAGUACCAAGAUGACGGCAAGACGGAGAGGGAACUGCUGGCAGAGAGAAGCUUCAGUGCAGCAGGAGACACUGGAUCUGUGGCCUCCUGAAGGGGCCCACUGGGUCUGUGUCUCCACUGAGCCUUCCAAGGCAGUUGAUCUGAUCGUGAUAGUGUGCUUACCCUUUCCUUGUCCUGGAGCCCACACUCGGGGAGGAUCAGUUUGUGCUGGACACAUUCAUUGCUUUUGAGAAGCAUCAGCCAACAACUGACCAAGAUCAACCUUUGAUGACUGGGGAGCACAUAUUGUUUCUUCUUUCAGAAACUCUUACACCUGCUAAGUUCACUGAAAUUUUAGGUAGCCUUAGUAGAAUAUAGUCAAAGAGCUACAUAGUAACAUUUGAUUAAUAUAAAAAUACUUUUAUAAAACAUAUGUUAAUUUUAAGGUGGAAAUCUUAUUCUUGGAUAAUGGUAUGUCUCUCUUAGAUUGGUGGUAAUAUAAAGAAGAAAAGGUGAAAAAAAAUGAUUGGAUUGAAUUGUGUUCCCACUCUACUUCACACUGGUCCUUGUUGACUCAGUUUUUGGGGAGCUGGUCACUGAGGCUGCAGUGGACAACAGCAAGGCAUUGUACAGGGAACACAUGUCGAAGGGACAUCUUCCAUCUAUGAGUCACUUUCCUUGGUUAGGCUCAAAAACUUACCAACUUGAUGCCACAGGCUGCUUGUUCCAAUCCUUCAAAGUGGCACAUGAGAUAAAACACACUUGCCAGCCUAGGUGAGGCAUGGCAUGACUUUGACAGUAAAGAGACCUGUUUGAAUCGCGAUUCUGCCACCCUGAGGUAAACACUAAAAUCAUCCAUAUUUUGCAGAUGAGGAAACCAAGAGUAGGAAAGGCUCACCUCAGCUCUUCUCCCUUCUUCCUCUUGCCCAAGCUUACCUACUGCCUUCCUCUACACGGUUUUAGGUACCCUGUGAAAUCACACAAAUGGUUCCAAAUCCUGCACACCACCUUCACGGUUCUUGUCAUACGCAGGUACCACCUGUACCAUUGUAUACUUAACGUUUUUUUCUUUAAAUUAACUUUAAAUUGGGCUAUUUGCAGAUGGAAGGAACUUAGCCUUGUCCUAAAUUAUAUUCAUAAUAUCGAUGAAGUCAGUAAUGUCAUUACAUUUUUUCCUAAAACGCAUUAAAAUGAAUCUAUACCUAACAAAAAUUUUAGUUAGUCUACGUGCUACCUAAAAUUGUCGUAUAAACAUCCAGUGGGCUUGGCAUAUAGUGAUCAGUAAACAAUGUUUCAAUAAAUAGAACCAUGUUAUCAUGGUUUACCUUUUACCAAUCCAUGGCUAAGGACUAAUCCAGUCCUUAGAAAUGGUACAUUUUACCGCUGAGUCUGAAAACACCUCAAGAAUAGAGCUUCAGAGAAUUGAAGUUGAAAACAGUUUUUGCUAAAGUGGUCAACAGACAACGUUAGGGGUAAGAAUAACCAGUAUAUUUCCUGCAGGCUGUGGGAAAUCAUGAUGAACCACCUCUAACCCUUCACGAUGCUCAUUGCAUAGUGCCCGGCACAAAGCAGAUGCUGAAUAAACACACUCAUUUACUAAGUGGAAGUUUGUUAAGCACCUUCUGUGUGCCUGACACAAAGUCAGGCACUGAAGGCAAACUGGCAAACAGCACAGUUAUUUCCCUGCCUUCAGAGGGGCUUCUGCCGCAGCGGGGAACUGAGUGGAUAAUGCCCUAUUGAACACAGACCAAGGCCACUCACUGCUGAAUUGCAAGCUCUCUGGAGGUAAAGAUCACCUGGGCUCCUCUGUAUUUUUAGUUCUUGGCAUGUCGCCUGGCUCAUAGUAAGUGCUUUGUGUCUAUUAAUGCAUGAAUCAUCCCGGCCUUAAAAUGCAAUACGCCUUGUAAAUGAUUCCAAUAUUAAAUUAUACCUGAUUCAGCUCACAUUUGUAUGGAAUAAGUACUCACAAAUAAUUACGCUCAAUUCCUCUAUUUCUACAAAUUUUCCUACAACAACAUGUUUCAAUUCUGAACAUCAUCCUGCUCCUUUCCCCCACCACACAAGUUGGAGUUGAAUGUGUCCUGGUUCUUUCCAGCAACAUAUUUACAAUCCUUCCCAUGAGUGGGGAGGUGGUGUCAACACUGAGUUGAUCCAUUUUGUGUUGAUUCUUGUUUAUUUUGUUGUCGUAGUACUCAUUUUCUUAGACAUUGACUGGAUUCUGGGACAAUCUCAGUCUAACUCCUUUAUAUAAUGGCUAUGACCUGAAAAUUGGAAAAAGAACAGAGAAGCCAUAUCUAUUUCUGGAUUUGCUCAGAAGGUGAAAAUUGUUAACAGCGUACACAAUACAAAGAAGGCAAACAGAUUCUUAAAGUAAAGCCUGGGUGGAAAGAAGUAUCUUUCUUGUGGAGAGAAUGAUGGAAACUCCUAAUCCAGAAGGCUACCAUGUGUAUCCCUUGGCAAUGCUGAGGAAUGGGAGACAAGUGCACAUACAAGGGCCAAAACAGAAUGUGGCUCAUUUCUGACACACAGUUGUCUGGCACAAUCCUGGCAUCUCCUCCCGUUUUCUUGUAUCUUGGGUGAGGUCAAGAGGAAAUGAAGAGCACUUUGAUCUGAUGGGAUAAAUCCUUUAUUUUAAGUAGCAAAUUAGAGUAAUGGUGCAAUGAUGAUGUUGAUGGCCUUCAGGUUCGAAUGUGUUUCAUAUAAACCUCUCAAGCAGACCUGGGUAGAUAUUUAAGUGAUGCAUUUGUUAUAUCAAAGGAUGAUGAAACUUCUUUGUGACUCUAGGUAAUACAGUAUCUUGGAGAGCCAAGCUCAUUAUUCUUUGGUAGAGAGAGAGGCAUUCCAGAAAGCCCACCAGAGUUGAGUUCAUCCUACAGUUAUCAGGGCUGAUAAUACUUCUGAAUAGUUACAUUUUAAAUUACUUUUAGAAGCAAAGAAACACUGCAAAGUAGACCCUUCUUCAUGCUGAUGGUUUUUAAAUGGAGGUUAAUUUUAAUUCUUUCAGGCAGUGGAAUAGAGCAUACUAUGCAAAGGCCUUCGAGUUUAGAAAUUCAUCUUGAUUCUCUACCACAGAAAGUCUGAAGUUCUAGAAAUAGACUUCCUUGGGCUAUUUCCAUGCAUCUAUGACAACAACUGGAGAAUACCAAUUAAAUUUAUUACUAAGUUUAUAAAUAUGCACAAACAUGAUUAUAAGGCCAACAUUAAUAAUUGCAAGGUCAGCCAUAUCAAUUGAUUGAAAUGUUGCAAACACAUCAUUCUCUAGGCCUUUACCCAUGUGGUUUUGUUUGCUUGGAAGGUUCCUUCCCCUAUUGCCUGCAAAAACGCCUCUUGUUUUCUAAGACGAAGCUUGGUGUUCUCAGCAUCAGUCAAAAUCAAGUCAUCCCAUCAUUUAUGUUUCUGUAUCACUCCGUCCUUCCUCCCUAAUAGUAAUUAUCAUUUCCAUAGUGGGCAUGUGUCUUAAUUUACAAACUCAGAAGUGUGACAAAUACUAUACUUUUCAUUUUCUAUACAUCAACUUAAUGUCUGGCUCCAAGUCUGGAAGAAAAUUCCCCCAUAAGCAUAAUCAUGGCACGUCUUCCUUCCUGAGGGACAACAGAAUCCUACAGGCUUAUGCUCUGUUUGGAAAGGAAGGAAAACGCUUCUCCUCGCCAGUGUAUCGUUGUCCCUGCUGAAGUAUGUCCUCUCUCUACUUCUGAGCCACUCUGAAAUGCUGCUUUUUUUGGCAAAGUUGGAAACCUGACUACCUUGUAUCCCUCCUUUUGGCCUUCUCCUGGGAAGUUUGCAUCUCCUCAGGGUCUCUCCUUACACAAAGAUGGCAAAUGUCACAGGGAUCCCACUGCUCUGGGGCCCACAGACUUUCUUUCUGGUAAAAGAAAAUCUCUCUCGUUACACUGUUGAUUCUGAAAGCCCUUCUCUUUCUCCUACUACAUCAGCAGGACCAGCAUAAGCUCUUUUGUACAUUUUGGCUUUUAUAGAAGACGAGACUUUGUUCCCAAUAUGAACAUGACGAUGGCAGAAAAAAGAAUCUCUCCCCUCUGUUCUUACUCAAAUUAACAAAGAGAAUGAAAUGUAUGAUCUCCAAGUGCAGUGAGAGCAUGAGGUAGUGAAAAUCUCCCAGAUACAGAUAUAGCCUGCCAAAAGUAGAUAAAACAGAAGCUUGAGGGACGAGGCAGUGGGAAAUCUCAGAAAGUGCCAACAAAAAUCCACUUACAAAGAGUGCAUACCUUACCAGGAAGUAAGAAAGCUACAUUUUUUAUUUAUAGCAGCUGGAGCGGGCACCUACCUCGAGCCUGGCAGACAAAGAGGAGGGUUGAGAUGAGGCAGAAGCUGUGUAGAGGAAGGUUGGGUAGGGAUUGUCCCUUUUGUUAAGCCUGAAAGCAUCCACACAAAUAAUUUGCUGAAGAAAAUGGAUGGCGAACAGUAAAAUCAAAGCCAAGCCCUAAAUAAAAGUAAAGAAGCCUUAAUGAGUAUCAACAGAAAUCACAUAAAGCAGAUGUAGAGCUACAAAGCCUUUGGAUAUUGGAAUUGUCAACACAGAUUAUAAAAACAUCUACAGUAUUGUAUUCAAAAAAACAAGCAACAGGUUGGAAAAUAUCUGCUCGAGUGGAGAACUAUAAAAUUAAUCUAACAUAUUGAAAAACCCAACCAAAUAGAACCUUUAGAAAUUAAAAAAUACAAUGCUUAAAAUUUAAAUGUAGGUGUGUGGGUUUAACAGCAAAUUGGGCUCAGUUGAAAAGAGAAUGUGUUAACUGGAUUAUAGGUCAGAGGAAAUUUUCUAGAAUGUAGCAGAGAAAGACAAAGAGAUGAUAUGUAUGAAUGAGAGGUUAAGAGACUUUGAGAAUAAAAUAAAUUCUAAUACGUCUAAUCAAAUUUCUAGAGAGAAAAAAAUAUCAUAGAGACAACUUUUGAAGAGAUAAUGGUUGAGAAUUUUCCAGAAGAGUUGAAAGAUAGCAUUUCACAGAUACCUCAAUUUCCAGAGAACUGAUAAAUCUUAAACAGGAUACUUUAAAAGAAAUCCAUAUCUUAGCACCAACAUAGUAAAAACUGUCUAGUACCAAAACCAAAAAGAACAUUUAACAAGCAGCCUGGGAGAAAAGUUAGUUUACCUUCAAAGAAACAGAACGUAAACUCACGGUUGGCGUCUCAAGAGCAACAAAGCAAAGCAGACAAUUGAGUGAUAGCUUCAGAAUUCUGAAAAAUUAUAACAAUAAUCUAAAAUUCUCCAGUGAGGAAAAAUACAUUUCUAGAAUGAGGCCAAAAUGAAGAUAUUUGCAAACAUAAGAUACUUC